AUGGCAACGACGCCCUCAGCGGCGGCGGCGGCAGCAUCGGCACCAAAAAUCGGCGUUACCAAAAGCGCAACCACGGCAGCCAAGUUGACCAGCAAGGAGAAUGUCGUCGGCCCCCAAAACCACCGGGCUCUGGGGAUUGGUGGAGGUGCCUGCAGUGGGCCGCCGGGAGUCAUGGUCUUUGACGGGUUCCAGCAGCGCAGCGUCAAGCGCCCGCGCCCGGUCAAGUCAUGCCUUGCCUGCCGCUCCAAGAAGUUAAAAUGCGACCGGUCCAUGCCGUGUUCCCAAUGCCAAAAGGGACAUCGAGUUUGCCGCUACGCUUCUGACAACCACGCUGGUAAUGUUUCCGAUUCUUCCGAUGGGGAGCCCACAAGCGCUGGGGAGCGGCCGGCUCAAAAGAAGCUUGCCCUUGGGUUACACGCUGCAGCUUCUUCACCUAUGCCCGCGACACCCCAGGCCAAGUCUCUGUUGCUAGACGAAGUUGCUACUGCAAACGGUGGCUUCCGUGCUGCAAGUACCAGCAGUAGCACACCUCAUGAGGCAUGUCAAGCUGGGUUUGAGGAUAUAUCCUCAAGGUUGGACCGACUGGAGCAGCUGAUCCUUGCGUCAAAAAGUGAAAUCUCAGCCCCAACACCAAAGUCGUUACCUACGGGAUUCAAAUGCAACAACGUCUCCACGACGACUAAAUAUAACAACGACAACUACUCGCAAAUAAUAACCAACACUACGCCCGCGACUACGAGUAACGUGACAAGAGACAUCCCUUCCCGUGGCUCUCAAAUGAAUUCUAUAGACAGCUCCGGCAGCCUCGUCCCAACUCUACCCACCACCAUACGGAACCUUACCGUCAAAGGCAAUCUGAGCAUCCGAACCCGCUUCUUCGGUCAGAACAGCACUCGAGUUCUUCUAAACUUGUUCGACGAAGCCCAAGAUUUCAUGUACAAGGCAGACAAGCGUGAAAGUGCUAGCGAGCUCUUCCAGCACCUAAACAGGAUAUACGCGAUGCUGCAAGAAGAGCAGCGGCGCUUGUUGUCUCCCAUCACCGUUUUUGUUGACAGCGUUCUGCCCGUUUACAAGCGUAUGGCCGACAUUCUCCCCAAAAGCAAAGCCGUGUGUGACCGCCUGCUUGACGCCUACGUGAGCACUUCGGAAGGGCUUUACCGCGUCGUUCACGUCCCAACCUUUCGAGCCGAAUACAAAGCAUACUGGGAAGGCCAGCGCUGUUCUGAGGGAUUCCUUCCCCAACUCCUAUGCAUGCUCUCGAUCGGAUCCCGUUUCGAGACCGAAUCCAGAGGGCUGGGUCACGACCGCUCAGAAGGCGUCCAUGUCCCCACGGCAUGCGCCCUCGUCCGCGCCUGGCUUGAUGGACUGCGCGGUAAACAACUGGUGGACAUUGGAACCCUUCUUGCCGAGCUUUUGCUUUUGCACGCUCAGCGCAUGAUUGCGCCUCGAUACCAAGACUCGUGGACCCAGCUUGGAGCUAUCAUACGAAUGGCCAUGACCAUGGGCCUACAUCGCGAUCCGUCCGAAUUUCCACAGAUCCGACCGUUUGCAGCCGAAUUUCGCCGAAAACUAUGGUACUCCAUAAUGGACAUGGAUCUACAUCUUUCUCUGGGCUGCAACCUGCCUUGUAGUGUCCGAGAUGGUGAAUACACAUGCCAGCCGCCCCUGAACCUAGACGACGAGGACCUAAGGGCAGACAUGACGGUCUUGCCGCCUCCAAAGCCUAUCGAUGUACGGACUGAUGGACAACUGCAGGCAUAUGCGGCCAGAACUCUCCCGAUCCGCAUGCGGGCCACGACGUUGGUGAGCAGAUUAGAUACGAUUCGCGACUACAGCGAGGUUCUAGAAGUGGGCACGAUGCUAGAACGGAUCCUAGACGACAUCAACUGCGUGUUCCCACGCAACCAACAUCAAGGCCUCAAUCCGAGUGGCAAGUACAAGGAGUGGCGGAUGCGUUGUCUCUUGGACAUGCACGUCCGCCGCCCACUCUUGGCCUUGUACCGUCCUUUUGCCCUCAGCAGCGGCGGCGGCGCCUUCAAUGACAACUGCCCGGCACAGAUUACGUCGACGUACCUCAAAUCUUCCAUGGUGCUGCUCACAUAUCUCGACGAACUGGACCCUAGGUCACCAGCAUACACCGACGUGAGUCACAUGUACUACGUCAUCCUCAAACACGAUAUCAUACAAGCAGCGUUUAGCGUGUGUUAUUAUAUACGCAAUACAUAUCAAGAGAGCAGCGGCAGUAGGGGAGACACACCGACAACCGGUGGCGGGUAUGCAACUUCGCCAGCCUCGGCCGACGGGGGAGACUACCUGGUGACGCCAGGGGGUGGGUACCACCACAACAACAAGCCUAUAUGGUCGGGUCAGCGGAUGACGAGGGUGGUAGAGAAAACACUCGAAGACCUGAUCAUGAUGAUACGUGAUUCGACGUCGGACCUCAAGGACAUUGUGGCGCUGUCAGCCGUCAUCAAGUCGGUGCAGCCGGGCGGGACAAGCGAGGAGCGGCUUGAAAGGAUGGUGUGCGGCAUCCGGCGCAUCCUGGACGCUUGCGUGUCGACGGUAAACAUGAUUCCGGGGAACGCCAAGGGACAUCACGGUCCAGACGGGCUGGUGGUCGGAUCGUCUUCGCUCUUUGGCAAGCCGCCGCUGGCAAAUGUCGAUCAAAAGCCAUAUGUGCUUCCGCCGCCCUCGACGCUGCCACCACCGGCCUUGCAUCUGUUUGGGGGGAUAGGGCAGUUGGCCAGCGCCGGUUUCCCAGACGAACCGAACCUAUGGGGUGAACCAGAUUACUAG